AGCAUUCAAGACCAGAGUGUGAGGAGAUCCAACUAUUGUGAGUCUCCUUGGGUGUUUUCCAUGGAGAAGGGGAGAGGGAAAGAGGAGAAAAGAGAGUGGAGCAGAAGCAGCAGCAGCCUUCAACUCAAUUUAUUUGCUGCAACUUGAAUUUAGAGCUGCAAUUUAAACUUAUGAAAACAUCUCUAUCCACAGCUGCCUCUAAGCUCAGCGGAGCUCACCCCAAAAAUUUGACCCCGCUGUUCUAUUUGCCACGCUCCCCCUUUGUUGACUGUCGGGCUGAAUUCCUUCCAGGGAAACUUAACAGCAUCAGAGCGUUCAUCAAGUGGUGGAGCAGUCAGAGGUAGCCAGAGCCGUCAUGGCCGUGUCCCAGGAGCAGAGUGUGUGUUUGGGGCUGUGGAUGGUCCUUUUGCUUGGUGCGGGCAUGGAGGAAGCUGUAGAGGGAUGCAGCUGCCACCCAUCACACCCACAGCAGCUCUUCUGCAGCGCUGAGAUUGUGAUAAGGGCAAAGAUCUCCGGUGAGAAGAUUGUGUCACCUAGCAACAGCUCCUCACCUUACAUGAAGAUGAUCCAGUACGAGAUCAAAAUGAUCAAGAUGUUUAAAGGUUUUGACAGGGCCAAGGAUAUCCAGUAUGUGUACACACCUGUCUUCUCCUCACUGUGUGGAGUCAAGCUGGACUCCAACAACAAAGCAGGGUAUCUGCUCUCAGGGAGUAUGUGGAAUGAUGGCCGGGUUUCUAUUGGCCAGUGUGACCUGGUGGAAUCAUGGGACAACUUGUCCCUUUCGCAAAAGAAGAACCUUAACUACAGAUACCAGCUGGGCUGCGAAUGCCGAAUCAACACGUGUUACACGGUGCCAUGUGCGUCUACAGGGGAGAACGAAUGCUUGUGGACGGACUGGCUGCUGGAUAACAGUCUAAACGGGGAACAGGCACGGCAGUACGCCUGCGUGCGCCGCUCGGACAUGAGCUGCAGCUGGUACCGGGGCGGACCUCAACCAGAUAAAGACUUCUUGGAUAUGACCGACCCCUGAUCAACAAUGCUCCUCGUCUGUAUUCCUGCAAAAAAUGCUUCAACAAAUUGAAACAAAAAUACUGACAAAAGAAAACUGCUUUGGCAAAUUUUUGCAGUUUGGGUGCGCAAUCCAGACAAAAUGUCAAUUGUAAAGAAUUUGAAGAGCUUUUAGAGUUCAGGUGGUUGCUGCAAGAAGAUGCUAGAAAAUGAAAGAAAUUCCUACAUUUCUGUGUCUUUCAUGUCACUUAUUUGAUGCCACAGCACGAGACCAGCAGCAGAUCCCAGCCACACUGCAAAUCAUGUACAUUCCUGAGGGUAAAAAUGAAUUCCUUUCCACAAAAUAAAAGACCUUUCAAUGGUUUAUUUAUAACAUCAAAAAAUGGGCUAACGUUAAAAAUGUGUCCAAAUAUGUGAGAAAAGACAGGAGAUUUGUUGUUUUCCCACAGUUUUUCAGCUGUGCGACUGUGCAGCAUACUAAGUUUGUUGGAGAUAAUGAUGCUGUUGUGUGAUAGACAGCAACUGAGCCUCACUCAAACCUUUCAGUCUAUUUGCUCAGAUGAAAUCAACACCCCGCUAAAGACGCUCUGACCCACUGGGACACUGGAAACCAUGAACGAGACACAUGAUUCUCAGACUUUAUUACAGUUUGAUCUGUGAGAGAAAACUAAAUGUAAAUAUUGUAUUUUAGCUGGACUUAACACCUUAAAACUAACAAGAUUUUAUGUGUAGCAUAGAAUUUCUUGCGCUUUUAUUCGCCUUGGUUCAUCUCUGUAUUUUUUAUCUGUGCCAAAAAUCUAAUCCAGUUCUUUAACAACAUAAAAGCCGAGUCUCCUCUACUUUUACCAUAAAGGAUUAUUUUUAUUUUUUUAACUUAAAAAAAAAACCUAAAGUAGAUAACCCUUUGCAGUUAAUUGGAUUUUCAAUGAGCUAUUAAGCAUUAUUCAAAAUGAAAAUGAAUUUAUGAAAACACCUGAAGUCUAAAGUGACCCCUGUCUUGAUUUUGGAUUACUGCAUUAAAUGUAUGCAGAUUAAAAUGCAUUUUUUAUUUUAAUAUUUUGCUUUUUGUUCCAUAAAAUUCAAGAAAUUACCAUUUAAUUAUCCAUUUUAUUUUUUUGACAAUUUGAAUGGAAAUAUUAUUUAAACAUAAAUAUGAUAUUGAAAUAAUAAGUAAUUCCAGGAUCUUAAUGCAUUAUCAUUGGUAUACCCCUAAGUAGGAGGGGGUUAAAAGAAUUUUAUGUUUGUUUUCUAUGAAAAGUAUUGUUCGGCUUUGUAUUUAUGUUGUGUUUCUGUCUGAAUAGUUUUCUAUCUACAUGUACCAAAAAAAAAA